ACCACAGUCCAUACUCCCUGCUAAUCUGACAUCCUCUUUUGUCGAUGAUCGACACAGCUAGGCCUUCCAAGGCCAAAGGGAAGGAUAAAGAGAAAGAAAAGAAAUCUAAGUCCUCUAGCGGAGGUCAGAAGUCGCAGACCGAACGCCUCAAGACCGUGGUCCGUCGGCUACCGCCCAACCUCCCUGAGGACAUAUUCUGGCAGAGCGUCGGGAAAUGGGUCACAGACGAGACUGUUACGUGGAAGGCAUACUACCAAGGAAAGUUCAAGACACGGUUGAACAAGGAGAACAUCCCGUCGCGCGCAUAUAUCGCAUUCAGGGAUGAGGAGAUCCUCGCAACAUUCAGCAGGGAGUAUGACGGGCAUUUGUUCAGGGACAAGAACGGCAACGAGUCCAUCGCGAUAGUCGAAUUUGCACCAUUUCAGAAAGUGCCCAAUGAGAAGAAGAAGGCAGACAGCAGGGCAGGGACGAUCGAGAAAGACGAGGACUACAUCUCGUUUUUGGAAUCACUCAAGGAGGUUUCUUCGAAACCUUUCGAUUUAGAUACCCUUGAAACAUUGAUCGCUUCGACCCAGCCUGCACCCCUCCCAACGACUACCCCGCUCCUCGAAGCACUCAAAGCUGAGAAGUCGGCUCAGAAAGACAAAGAAUCCAUCCUCCGCAACCAUGCGCACUACAAGGACCCAGCGGCUCUAGCGGCAGCAGCGGCGGCUACCAAGAAGGGAGAUAAGAAGAAGGAUGCUGCUGGGGGCGGGAAGGACAAGAUGGCGGAUUCUGGUGCGAGCAAGAAGGCUGCGAAGAAGGCUGCGGCCGCGGCGAAAGCGGCGGCGCAUCAGCAGCAGGGCCAAGCACAGGCGGGCGCGAGCAAGGACGUCAAGGCCACCGCCGCGACAUCCGCAAAUAAGCAGGGCGCAUCGAAGCCACCGAAGGCGCCUCGGGAGCGCAAGGGGACCGCGUCUGGACCUUCAGUGUCGUCGAGCGCGUCGACGAGUGGGUCGGCUGCUGCCCCGGCACCUGCCUCCGCCGCUCCCUUUGCUGCUGAGGACUAUGCCGGGAUUCCCAUGCGUUGCGCAUGCCCAGUUCUUAGCAUCGCCUCGCGACAGUUCGAGGCUGCGCUUAGCGGGGCGGGCGUCGAGCGCAAGUCGCGUCGCGAACGCGACAAAGACAAGGACAAGGACAAGGAUGGUGCCGUGGCAUCGACGACCAGCUCCACAGUUGUCGCGGAAGCGCCUCCUGCGCCCAGGCAGAAGGAGGAAAAACGCGAGCGUGGUCCCCGCGGUGGCGGCGUCCCGACCGGGAUCCUGCAGCGCGAUGCGGCCCCGCCAAAGAUAUUGGCCCGUCCUGCUCAGGGACAGACAACGAGCGAGGGCUCAGCCCCUGCGUCUGCUGCGUCUGUAGCCCUGGGUGCGACUGAUGGCGGAGAUCCUGGCACUCCUGGCGGAGGGCGGGGUCGCGGUAGAGGCAGGGGCCGGGGUCGAGGGCGAGGUGCUCCUCCGCAAGGGUGAGACAGGAGCGGGCUGGCGAUCUAGGACUGCUGGUGCACCACGCAUCAACCGUCGGAUGUAUCUCUCGCGGAGUGCACCUCCUAGGCCUGUGCUAGCUGCACACCACCCCGGGAUGGAUGAGACGCGGCAUCCGCCACGUGCGUCGGGCCUAGCGCUUCGGUGGACAGCCCUUGCCGGCCGCGACAGGCAUGAUGUCGACGCUCCCGACACAAUACGGCUUGAUUGCGAGGUCUGUGAUUCUUGCGGUAUGUGCACGUCCGCCUCUUCGUUGUUCGAGAGCAGUACUUUCGAUCAAUGUACAGGCAGGCAUUGUAUAUUGUAGAAUGUCCAGCCAAUCGAAGUGCGUCUUCAUCCCGAAUUUCGAAGGCCACUGCGGACGCCGAAACGGCGGUGCUGCAACGCGAAGGAGACAUAGGCGGACGCAUUGACAGAUAGACAACCGUGGGAGUCGACCUGGGGUGCAUAUCUAUGUAUGGCUCAUAACGAAUUCCUCGGCCUCGUACCUCUCCCGCCUCUUAUCACCUAUCCACGGCUGGCCUAUGCAACACGGCAGUGUCGCAGCAACACUCUGUAACAGGGUCUUUGACGACGAUACCGUCGCAGGCAUGUUGAAACC